UUUUGGUCUUGUAGUGCCUAUUUUCGUUCUGGUGAGUGGGUCUACAGUACCUCCGUCAAAGGAGGUUUUCAUCGCUUUUAGUAUUUGAAUCUUCUCUUCCCGUCGACAUGACAGAUACUACGAGAUUCUCUGCAUCUCUCACGUCUGUACCAGUCCCCCGUGACUGCUCACGUGAUUCGUGCACGUCCCCGCUAAUUCUCUCAUUCCCAAUCUCGAAAUCAAUUUGUUUGCUUACAAAGUCUCUGUCUUUUCAUUUUCACGGGAAAACACCCGUCUUUGGAGGAGGUAAGAUCAGAGCACAAGAUUCUUGGGGCCAUGAAGGAGGCACCGUGCAGGAACUCGAUGACUCGCCUGUGUCGAUCGAGCUCGAACCCAUUUGCAGUGAGAGCCAGUUCGAUCGGGUCAUUGCAGAGGCGCACCAGCUCGAGGAACCUGUUAUCAUCGUUUGGAUGGCAAACUGGUGCCGAAAAUGUAUUUAUUUGAAACCAAAGUUGGAAAAGUUGGCGGCUGAUUACCACCCAAGAUUGCGCUUCUAUAGUGUGAAUGUCAACAGCGUUCCUCACAAGCUUGUUUCUCGUGCAGGAGUCACUAAAAUGCCGACUAUUCAGCUAUGGAAGGAUGGUAAGAAACAGGCUGAGUUGAUUGGUGGCCAUAAGGCAUACUUGGUCGUCAACGAAGUACGGGAAAUGAUUGAGAACGAUUGUGCCUUGUGAGUUACGCUACGACGCAGCGAGCAUUCUUUGAUAUUCGUAUUCACUUUUUUUUUCUUACAAAUAGUUUCAUUUCACCGGUAAUAAAGUUGGUGGUAUUUUGGGGACAGAAUAAAGAAAUCCCAAAAUUUUAGUUUGUUACGAGCUAUUUCUGAAAAUCUAGAGCACAGAAUAAAGAAAAAAAGUAUGUCUACUAGAUUUAUGAAUUUGUCGACAUUCUCUUCUGGUAUUUUGUGCCAUUUCCGGGGAUUCUGAAGUGAAAUCUAGAUGUUGAAGUUGCAAGA